UUUUCUCAUUUUUUUCUCCAUUUUGUACUGUAAUUUGUCACAAAGAAAUGAGAACUAUGUGAAAACACUGACGCCUGCUGUGUGGGAGGGAGAAGAACAAGCGUCCAGUGAUUUCAGUUGUGUUAUGUCAACUAACGAAGCUUAAGAGAGUGAAUGACAGUUUCAUCUUUGUUACAAUAUAUAUUAUUGGUUUAGAAUAAUGGUAUGAAAGGGAGAGCGCCAUGAAUCUUCGGGGAUUCUUUCAGGAUUUUAAUCCGAGCAAAUUCCUGAUCUAUGCAUGCCUGCUGCUCUUCUCUGUGUUACUGUCAUUGCGGUUGGAUGGCUUUAUUCAGUGGAGCUACUGGGCGGUGUUCGCACCCAUCUGGCUCUGGAAACUCAUGGUCAUCAUUGGAGCAUCCGUGGGCACUGGGGUGUGGGCCCAUAACCCCCAAUACAGGGCUGAGGGGGAGACUUGUGUGGAGUUCAAGGCAAUGCUGAUCGCUGUGGGGAUCCACCUCCUCCUGCUCACCUUCGAGGUUUUGGUGUGUGACCGUGUGGAAAGGGGCUCACAUUUCUGGUUGCUGGUGUUCAUGCCCCUUUUCUUCGUUUCACCGGUCUCUGUAGCAGCGUGUGUGUGGGGCUUCAGACAUGACAGAUCGCUUGAGCUUGAGAUCCUUUGCUCAGUAAACAUACUGCAGUUCAUCUUUAUUGCACUACGACUGGAUAAGAUUAUCAACUGGCCCUGGCUGGUGGUCUGUGUGCCGCUGUGGAUCCUUAUGUCUUUUCUUUGUCUGGUGGUGCUUUAUUACAUCGUCUGGUCUGUCCUUUUCCUCCGUUCAAUGGACGUAAUCGCAGAGCAGCGUCGGACUCACAUCACAAUGGCAAUCAGCUGGAUGGCUAUCGUUGUCCCCCUGCUGACCUUUGAGAUUCUUCUUGUGCACAAGUUAGAUGACCAUUAUGACUCAGACUAUGUCCCAGUCUUUGUGCCUCUCUGGGUCUCCCUGGUAACUCUGAUGGCAACUACAUUUGGCCAAAAAGGAGGCAAUCACUGGUGGUUUGGCAUCCGUAAGGACUUCUGCCAGUUUCUCCUGGAGCUCUUCCCCUUUCUGCGGGAGUACGGCAACAUCUCCUAUGACCUUCACCAUGAGGACUCUGACGUGUCUGAAGAGAUACCUGCCCAUGAGCCUCCUAAAAUUGGCCCAAUGUUCCGCAAGAAGACAGGAGUGGUCAUCACGCAAAGUCCUGGGAAGUACUUUGUGCCUCCACCCAAACUGUGCAUUGACAUGCCAGAUUAAAACUUACUGUGUAUGAACACACAGAAUGAGAGAAGUGUAGUGUCAUCAACCGGCAUCAUUCACUUCAGGCCACGUACGAAUGACUGAGAAGUCCAGUCGAACUGACAUUUUACAUAAGCCCAGCUCCUGUUUGACAAAGGUAUGACUGAUUGGUCUUCAUGUUCAAAUGGAGCUCAAACCAAGGGGAUUUUGUGCGUGGAUUGCCGCUUGACUCUUCCCUGUGAUCAAAUGUCAUCUCUGUUCCACAGUCCUGUGCUCAGACCUUUCCUUAAUCUUGAUGUAUAGACCAACAAAUUCAGAGAUGAGAUGUCCUCAGUCACGUGGUUAAAAAAAUCAACAGGAGGUGAUACGUUUUUCCCCCUUAUAACCAAACCUUUCGGUCUCAGCUAUUUUGUAAGAAUGAUCUAGCGUAGUCAACAUAUGGCAAUAGUAUUACUAGACUGUCUAAACACUGUACUAGACUUUCCUGGGUAAGCCGUGCAUGACAUUGAGGCUGCUGUGUUCGAGAUGAGUUCCGUCUUCAUGGGAAGUAUGCAACGUAGCAAAGCCAAAGAACGUUAGCGUAAUAGUUUGAUUGGGUGAACUUAAAUGCUGUCAUUUUCCAGCAGUAGAAGGUCAGAGGGCUUUUUUCCUGUUACAUGUAACCACGUGUGAGGAUGGCAGUGAACGGUUGAACAAAUGAGACUAUUCUUUUACUGUCACUUUACCUUUGUAGUCGGUCAUUGUUUACUAGAACACCUCAUUUUGGAUAUACCAAUCAGCCAUAACAUUAACACAUCUGCUGUGCUUCUACACUUUACAUUUAGUCAGCUCCUGCACUUUUUAUUUUUUUGGAUGAUAUUGUCCCAGAAAUUACUGCGAUAAACUAUAUUGUUGUCAUUUUAAGACAAUUUAAAUGCCACAAACAUAAUGAUAAUAGAAUAGCAUAUCAGAGCAUUUAUACACUUUUAAUAACAACACAACUGUAAUUAAUCAUAGAUUGGAUAAUAUAUAUAUUUUUUUCUUUACCUACUGCAGUCCACACAGUGUAUGCAGUGUAUGGAGUUGCAGUUAUUGAAGCAUUGGUCAUUACAUGACUGGCUAAAAUACUGAUUACUGUUAUAUAUGUGAACAAACACAAAUAAAAACAAUAGACAAUAUCAUGAUGCUCAAAAAAUUAUGGAGGUACAGCCCAUUUAUUGUACGAUAUGUAGCUUAAUCAGGACGACACAGAGCUGGUAUUAUUUGGGUGGUGGGUCAUUCUUACCACUUCAGUGUCACUGACUUGACUCUAUUAGACACUCCUACCUAGCUGGUCUACCUCUUAGAGGUAAAGUCAGAGACAGGUUCCCAUCUGUUGCUGCACAGUUUGUGUUGGUCGUCAUGUAGUCUUUUAUCAUUGCCCACAGGCUGCUUCGGGCUGGAUAUUUCUGUUUGGUGGACUGUUCUCAGUCCAGCAGUGAUGCUGAGGUGUUUAAAACUCCAGAAGCACUACUUUGUCUAACCCAUUCGUACCAGCACAAGACACACUAACACACCACCACCAUGUCACUGUCAUGGAAGUGUUGACAAUGACCCACCACCCAAAUUAUAGCUGAUGUGUGGUGGUAAUGUGGUGUCCUGAUAAUUAAAAAACAGUGUGAAAGGACGAUAAUAAUGUAUGUAGAGAAGCAGGAGAAAAUAAGUCUGUAAUUAUUGAGCUACUAUUUAGUCAGUGGAGCUGAUAAAAUAGACAAUGAAUGUAAAAAAAACAAGGAGGUGGUGUUAAUAUUGUAGCUGGUGUUUCGGGUCAUUAGUGUCAUGAUCCGUUAUUGUGACAAAUGCAUAAGAUAUGUUUGUCUUUGUAAAGAAUUAAUAACUAAAACUACUCCUUUUUGUUGUUCCAUUUUAUGUUAUACAUGUAUAUUUAAUUUUAUUUUUGAUUUAUUUUAUUUUGAUGGAGUUGACCUGAAGCAGCACAAGCACUACACUAGCGAAAUUAUUAAACAUUUAGGCGUUUUGAAGCAUUAAACAUAACAUAUGAAACAUAUUAUUGAGAAAAGCCUUUGAACCAACUAGCACAUAGUUCAUGUGUUUUACAUCUAUAAUGGACCAUUUAAUGUGUUUCCAAGACUACAAUGUUAAAGAUAGCUUAAGUUGUUCUGUCGAACAAGUGAAGUAGACAUGUCCUGCCUAUAUGUAGGUAUACACUACAUGCAUACUCAGCUGGCCUGAGUGAGCAGCUUUUGUAGUUCAAUCUAGUGGAUAUGGACCAAUACUGUUGUGUAGGUUCUUGUGAGAGAUUUUUUUUUUUUGGAGGUGAGGGGAAUUGUUCUUCCAUGUUUCAUCUCUGUCAUUGUCAUUGUUAGUCAUAAAAGGUGUGAUAAACAGUAGAUACUCAUUACUGACUGACAUUAAAAUCAUUUCUCUGACAUUAAAA